AUGGCUAAAUUAUCAUCAUCAUCAUUGUCAUCAUCACCUCCACCACUGUCAUCGCCACUGACACUGCCACUGCACCAGAAAGUAAAAGUCUUUGGCGUAGACGUUCAACUAAUACGUACUUUCCUCAAGAUCAUAAUCCUCAUAUGUAUAGCAGGUGCAGCUAUUUCGUCUCGAUUAUUCUCUGUCAUUAGAUUUGAAUCUAUAAUCCACGAGUUUGAUCCAUGGUUCAAUUUCCGUGCUACAAAAUAUCUCGUGCUGCAUUCAUUUUAUGAGUUCCUCAAUUGGUUUGAUGAUAGAACAUGGUACCCAUUGGGUCGUGUUACAGGUGGUACAUUGUAUCCUGGUUUAAUGGUUACUUCUGGAUUAAUUUGGCACGUAUUGAGGGACUGGAUGAAAUUACCUGUUGAUAUCAGAAAUAUAUGUGUUAUGCUUGCACCCGUUUUUAGUGGAUUAACUGCAAUCUUUACUUAUUUUUUGACAAAGGAGAUGAAGGACUCUAAUGCAGGAUUGCUUGCAGCUAUUUUUAUGGGUAUUGCACCUGGAUACAUUUCUAGAUCCGUUGCUGGCUCGUAUGAUAACGAGGCUAUUGCAAUUACCUUACUCAUGGCAACUUUUUACUUUUGGAUCAAAUCAAUGAAGAUUGGAUCGGUAUUUUACGCCACCGUCACUGCAUUAUUUUACUUUUAUAUGGUCAGUGCAUGGGGUGGAUACGUGUUUAUUACUAACUUGAUCCCAUUGCAUGUUUUUGUUCUCUUAUUGAUGGGAAGGUAUAAUCCCAAGUUGUACGCCGCUUACACAACAUGGUAUGCAUUGGGAACUUUAGCAAGUAUGCAAAUUCCGUUUGUUGGAUUUUUACCAAUCAGAUCGAAUGAUCAUAUGGCUGCUUUAGGUGUAUUUGGUCUUUUGCAAUUAGUAGCAUUUGGAGACUAUGUUAAGUCAAAAGUGCCAUCUACUCAGUUUAGAUCUUUCUUGAUUGUAUCAUUGGCAUUGAUCUUUAUUGUUGGUAUUGGGGCAUUAUUUGGCUUAACAGCAAUGGGAUGGAUCGCACCAUGGACGGGUAGGUUUUACUCAUUGUGGGACACCAAUUACGCCAAGAUUCACAUUCCGAUUAUUGCGUCAGUCUCAGAGCAUCAACCUACUGCAUGGCCAGCAUUCUUUUUUGAUACUUCAAUGUUGAUCUGGCUCUUCCCUGCAGGUAUAUUCUUGUGCUUCCAAGAGUUGAGAGACGAGCAUGUCUUUGUCAUCAUAUACAGUGUCUUGUGUUCGUACUUUGCUGGUGUAAUGGUUCGUUUGAUGUUGACUUUGACUCCGGUUAUAUGUAUUGCAGGUGCUAUCACUUUAUCCAAAUUGUUUGACGUGUAUUUGAAUGUGAUGGAUAUAUUUACUGAACCCGUUGGCGUAAGCAAUGCAGGACCUACGAAGGCCAAUAAUGCCGGUAACAAGAAAGCAAGCACUUCAUUGCCCAUUGCUCAAUUGCUUUCUAAGCUUGUUGUGCUUUUGACUUUUGCAUUCUACUUAUUUUACUUUAUCUUGCACUGCACAUGGGUUACUUCUAAUGCAUACUCAUCCCCCUCGGUUGUCCUCGCAACAAAGAACCCAGACGGGUCCCAACAUAUCAUUGAUGAUUACAGAGAAGCUUAUUACUGGUUGAGAAUGAACACCCCCGAAGAUGCCAAGGUGAUGGCAUGGUGGGAUUAUGGAUACCAAAUUGGUGGAAUGGCUGAUAGGACAACAUUGGUGGAUAAUAACACCUGGAAUAAUACACACAUUGCCACCGUUGGUAAAGCCAUGUCAUCAUCAGAAGAAGUCUCAUACGAGAUUUUGAGACAGCACGAUGUCGAUUAUGUCUUGGUCAUUUUUGGUGGUUUAUUAGGAUAUUCCGGAGAUGAUAUCAACAAGUUCUUGUGGAUGGUAAGAAUCGCUGAAGGUAUUUGGCCAGACGAGAUUAAAGAAAGAGACUUUUUCACUGAUCGUGGUGAGUACAAGAUGGACAAGGAUGCAUCGAAAGCAAUGAAAAACUCUUUGAUGUACAAGAUGUCAUACUACAGAUUUGCCGAAUUGUUUGGUGGAAGAGAUGGAGUUGACAGAGUUAGAAACCAGCAAAUCCCAGCAAACGACCCACCACAGUUGAAUGUUGUUGACGAGGUGUUUACUUCUGAGAAUUGGAUUGUGAGAAUUUACAAGGUGAAAGAUUUGGAUAAUGUUGGUAGAGACUUGCUUCUGGCUAACAAGUUUGAUAAGCUAAAGACAAAGAAGAACAGAUCUUUGAAGAGGCCCAAGUUGCCUAUUAGAGAAUAA